AUGGAGGUCUUUCUGACGCGCUUGACCCAGCAGGCAAUGAAUUAUGCCAUACGCUCGGGAAUUGCAAUUACCGCAAGCUAUGCGAUACGCCAGUCUUCGCGUUUGCUCAAGAAUGUAGAUAGCGAAGAUCGCGAGGAGCUACUCACUGUGCAGCAGCGCCUAGAGAGUAAAAUUCAGGUUAUAUCUCCAUCCAUUGACAUGAUUGAGUUGAUUGCUGCUCGAGGCAAUACAUCUCUUGAAUCGGCCGUUACUCUUACAAAAUCCUUGAGAUGGGACAUUCAGGCUCUUGGGCAGCGAUUGGCGAAAGCUGCUUCAUCCGAAGAAAUCUCGCGCAAGGGCCCCAAAUCCUCUAGAGACCAGGCGAUCAUAGAUGCCCAAGUGAAAGCAAUCAUCAAGGACAUCAAGAGGCUUCUCACUCGGAUCGAGGACGCGGUGCCGCUUAUGAACUUGGCCAUCACCACCUCUGGUGCUAAGCUAUCCACGAACUUGCCAUCAACCGUGUCACCAUCUCGGCUUCUCCAAGCGAGUACUUUCUUGACUGCUGGCGACACACAAUAUUCAAUGUCCAGCUCCCACGCCAUUCAAAUAGGACCGACGUUCACCCUUUCGAUGUACAUGCUAUUUGCAAGCCACGUCCGCCCUCACGACCAAGAAUCUGUCCGCGAGGCCACAUGGAAAGAAGUAAUGCACAAAGCGAGGGUGAAGCUUCGACGUGUGCCAAUGAACCUUUACUACUUUGAUGAUCAAACUAAGUCACCUCAGUUUCCAGCUUCUGCUGGUACUGAUGAAUAUGCCUAUCAAGUUCUCAUUAUCGAGGAUUUUGAUGACGGAAGAGUUCACUCAUUUGAAGAAGGUGAGCCCCAGCCUCAAGCCUGUGAAGGCGUCGCUACCGCUGGUAUCCGGGAGAUUCUUCCAAUUCAUCAAAUCUCAAAGAUAUUCUAUGCGGAUACGGGCAGAAUUCUCAAUAUCAGCACUGAGGGAGAGACAAAUAACCCGGUGUUGCUACUCAAGAGAGAUUUAAAUGCUCUGCCCCCUCGCCGCAUGAUGGAACGUGAUGAUUCUGAAGAUGAUUUUGUACCAGCGCGAGAAGAGGAAAAUCCAGAACAAGACGAAGAGCAGGCACAACUUGACGCACAAUUGCACGAUGGUGGGAAGUCAACACACCGAAGUUUCAGCUCUCUUCACGAAGACUCAAUCCCGGAAGAAUGGCGACUCCCACCUGGUCUCGACCCAGAAUGGAUCGCCUUUGAAGUCUACAAUGAAGAUGAAGCCUCAGAUACCGAGUCCGAAGCAGAGAAUCCGACAACAGAGUCCAAUAUCGACAAGAUGGCGAAAUUGUCUCUCAAAGAUGAGAGACAUACUCCAUCGCCAUCACCUUCCCGGCCCACUUCAUCCUCAAAGCCCGCAGCCAUGACAACCGUCAGCAACCCGUUAUUCGAAAACAUUCGCACCUCACUUUCACUCCUCGAAACCCUCCUCCGACUAACCUCCCUCCAACAAUUCCAACAACAAUCCCACCUCUCUAUUAGCGACGAGCUCCUCAACUUCUUCCUCGAAGAAUCCUCCACGACUGGCGCUGGCGGCGACGAACAGCACCGCCAACGUCUUCGUCACGAGGCUCGCCGACGUGUUGGAUGGGAUCCGUACGACGAAAGUCCCGUCAAGCGCCGUGGUGAGGAUUACCAGUACGGCUGGGAACCAGGCAGUCCCUCUGGGUACCCUAGAGAAGGCGAAGAGCUCUAUUCGCCUGGAGACUCGUCGCGUGGUUUCCAGCUUCGAUCGCGGGAAAGUACGCCUGAGACACCGCAGCGUGGAUCGCGCUCGGAUCGGAGAGGCCCAAGUGGACUUCGGGGUAUGACACCAGCGUACGCAGAUGAGUCGGAUUCCAGGCAAAGUUCGCCGCUGGCAAAGAAGGGCGGUGCUACGAGGGAUGGAGGCGCUGGAUCUGGGACUGCGGAGUAG